UUUCCCUCCCUCUCGCCGGCCUCGCCACCUCCCCCACCCUCCCGGAAAAUCCAAAACCGCGCCGCCCAUGCGCCGGCCGCGCCGCGGCGGCGGCCUCCGCCCGCUGCUGCUGCUGUUCCCCUUCGCUGUGCUCCUGUCCGUCGCCACCUUCUCCCUCCACUCCCCCGACCGCCUCCUCGUCACCAUCACGGCGCGGCGGCCGGCCUCGUCGCCCCGCCACCUGCACCGGCUGGCCGUCUCGAGCCUCGAAGCGCGCGCGCUCGGCCUAGGAGACGCCCUGCCGCUCCACGCGGAUGCCGCGCGCGCGUUCCGGUCCGGCGGGCGCCUCCUCCGCGACGUCCUCUCCUCCCCCGCGCCGCCGCCCUCGGCCGCUGCCGGCGCGACGCGCUGCCCGCCCUCUGUCGUGGUGUCGGGCGCGCGGCUCCGGGGCACGGGUGGCGGCGGCGGCGGCGGCGGCGUCCUGUCCCUGCCCUGCGGGCUGGCCCUGGGGUCGCACGUGACGGUGGUGGGCUCGCCGCGGCGCCGCGGGGACGUGGCGCGGUUCGCGGUGGAGCUGCGCGGGGAAGGGGACGGGGACGUGGCCCCGAGGAUCCUCCACUUCAACCCGCGGCUCCGCGGGGACUGGAGCGGCCGGCCGGUGAUCGAGCAGAACACCCGCUUCCGCGGACAAUGGGGACCCGCACUCCGGUGCGAGGGCCGUCGGUCGCGCCCGGACGAGGAGACCGUUGAUGGAUUGGUGAAAUGUGAGAAAUGGUCUGGAAACAUUGGGGACACAUCAGAGGAGUUGAAGAGAUUGUGGUUGCAGAACCGUAUCGCUGGACAGAGGAGCAGAAAUUGGAUACAUUGGCCAUAUCCAUUCAUGGAGGAUGAAUUGUUUGUUCUAACACUGAGUACUGGUUUGGAAGGCUACCAUUUUCAUGUUGACGGGAAGCAUGUCACUUCUUUUCCUUACCGUGUUGGCUUUGUUCUUGAGGAUGCCACUAUCUUGUCUGUGAUUGGAGACAUUGACGUUCAAUCAGUAGUAGCUGGUUCAUUACCAACAGCUCACCCUAGCAUUGUCCAAAGAAAUCUGGAGUUGCUAACAGAACUAAAAGCCCCUCCUCUUGCUGAAGAGAAUGUAGAGCUAUUCAUAGGCAUUCUUUCAGCGGGGAGUCAUUUCACUGAACGCAUGGCUGCAAGGAGAUCUUGGAUGUCUUCAGUACGAAAUUCCUCCAGCGCAGUGGCUCGGUUUUUUGUUGCAGUGAAUGGCAGAAGGGAAGUGAAUGAAGAUUUGCUGAGAGAGGCAGAUUUCUUCGGGGACAUUGUCAUUGUGCCUUUUGUGGAUAGUUAUGAUCUGGUUGUUCUGAAGACUAUUGCCAUUUGCGACUAUGCGGCUCGUGUUGUUCCAGUGAAGUAUGUUAUGAAGUGUGAUGAUGAUACCUUUGUUAGACUUGAUUCAGUAAUGGCUGAAGUCAAGAAAAUCUCAGACGGCAAAAGCUUUUAUUUGGGGAACAUGAAUUACUUCCACCGGCCACUGCGAGAGGGAAAAUGGGCUGUCUCAUACGAGGAGUGGCCCAUAGAAGAGUACCCGCCCUACGCUGAUGGUGCAGGCUACAUUGUUUCUUCUGACAUUGCAAACUUCGUCGCAUCUGAAAUGGAGAAGGGAAGACUAAAUCUGUUCAAGAUGGAGGAUGUGAGCAUGGGUAUGUGGGUUGGGCGGUUCAACAGCUCCGGGAACGCCGUGGCGUACGUCCACAGCCCCAGGUUGUGCCAGUCCGGCUGCACCGAUGACUACCUGACCGCACACUACCAGUCGCCGCCGCAGAUGGUGUGCCUCUGGGAGAAGCUGCGGCAAGGGAGGCCGCAGUGCUGCAACGCAAGGUGACACGAAGAAACCUUUGCCCGCUGAAAGCUCACCUCGGCAUGAACUUCCCUGGGAUAGGUAGCAAACCACAGGUAACGCUUGUACAUCAUUGGAGGGUACAUAUAUAGCCCCGUUUUUCCCACUGAUCGGAAGCAGUGACGACCGCAGAAUACAUCGGGUGAAAGGAUAGUUUAAGUUUACACGUCAUAUCUGUAACAUCAGCACAACCAUAUUAUAUAUGGUACAACAAUCUCUCUUGGUACAUAAAUUAUACAUGCCACAGUGUGCUGCUCCUAGAUACUGACCGUACUAUGCUGGUCCAAAAGAAUGCCUAGCCGAAUUGUUUUUCGGCACCA